AUGGAGUCUCUUCUUCCACCCAAGGAGCCUCCCACCAAUACCGGCAUCGAGUUUUCCAUGUUUGGCUCCUUGGUGUGGACCGACAAUCGGCAGUGGCCAUCUACUUCCGAAAACCUGCGGAAAGAUAUGGCUGAAGCUCCGGAGUAUCCUACGCCGCUUGAAGCCUUUACCUUGGCAUCUCUCAAGCCAUCGUCAAAACCGCGCUCACAAUACCCUCGGGCAGUUGUUCCUCAGCGUCUGGAGGAAUCUCCUGGCAGGGGUACCUUCUCCGCCCGUGCACUCACCCUACCACCCGUGGUUACCCUCAGGGGUUUGACCCGAGAGGAUCCAAUCGUCGUGGAUGAUGAUGGUUCUGACUCCGACGAUGGGCCAACUCAGGGCGGGAGCCAUCGCGUUGAACCAACUCGGUCCAGGGACUGCCAAGUUGGUUUGAUUGCACCCGUUGUCAACGGCCGCUCACGCAAUGGACUGCCUCCAUUCAAUGCCAAGGUCGAUGUGACUGAUUCCGUCAAUCAUCCCAAGCCUGCACCAGAACUAACUGAUGUGCUUGCCAGAAUUGCCAAGGAUGUCUCCGAUAGUGUGCUUUCGCACCUAGAGCCUGUGGUAAACUUCCUGAAUCAAGGGUCUGCCACAGAGCCGCAGUCAGAGGAUAACCGUCCCCCGCCGCCAGCAACCGAGGCAUCGGCUUCAGGACCACAGCCUCAAUCGGACGAUGAUGCCCCUCUGGACACGAAUGGAGACUCUCCUGGACACAAUCGUGGUAUCGUCCAGAAUGAAUACCCCUUCAUCCACAAUCGCGGCAUCACUCAGGAUGAAUACUCCUUCGCCCACAAUAACGGCGUCAUCCAGAGCGAGAACUCCUUCAUCCACAAUCGGGGAGGUACCGCCUUUUUCAGCCUCAGUUACACCAACACCAGGAUCUUCUGCAUCGGUAAGACGACGGGAGCCAUGGCCAAGACGAAGACCACUGCCCCCGCCGAUCACAACAACGGCAACGGCCUCAACCACCACAGAAAUCACGGCAACAAGAGCAACUAG